AUGAAGAGCACGUUCCUUCUCUUCAUUUUGCUGGGAGUAGUAGUGUCUGGAAGAAGAACCCCACUGCUUAGGGGCUUGCCUGCAACAAGUACUGUUGAAGAAAAUGCACCAGCUGGUGUUUCCAUUUAUACCUUCAAUGUGACUGGUUCUCCAUUGUCUUCUGGAGUUGUUGCAAUACAUCCUACCAUAGUAAAUUCGAAUCCACUUACGGAAGCAUUUGCUAUUGUAUCCGCAGGAGAUCUUGUGUAUAGGGUUGUUACCACAGGAAACCCUAUCCUAGAUUAUGAAACUAUGCCAAAGCGCUUUGAUUUACAGAUUUUUGUUGAAGAUACUGCUGGAAGGACUGACCUCAACACACUAACUGUCCAAGUAGCAGAUAAGAAUGAACGUCCUGUGUUUUGGGGAAAUAUGGCAAUUCAAACUGUGAGGAUCUAUGUCUUGGAAGGAAUGCCUCCUGGACUCAUCUACAGAGUCAAUGCAACAGAUCCUGAAAAUGGUGAACUCAAAUAUUCACCACUCCCUGAAUCAGUGCCAUUCCAGGUCUUGGAAAAUGGAGACAUUUUUUCAAGAAAAAAAAUAGAUUACGAGAAGGAUCCACACUGCUAUUUUUUAAAUAUAACAGCGACAGAUCCAGAAGGACUAAACUCUACUAGAACAGUGAAUAUAAAUAUAAUUAACAUCAAUGAUGAAAGUCCUUACUUUACCACAAAACAAAGAAUCUACAGGAUUCCUGAGGAACAAAGCCCAGGAACUGUUGUUGCCAAUAUAACAGCUAAAGAUCCUGAUGAUGAAGACUCUCCUAGCAGACUUUUCUACAGCAUCCAGUCUUCUGACACAUAUUUCUCCAUAAAUCCAUCAACUGGAGUGCUGCAGGUAUCCGGGAGAAUCGACCGCGAUGUCCUUCCCCUGCAGCUCCAUCCCAAUGUCUCCAUGAUAAUCCGGGUGGAGGACAGCCCUCGUGUAGGGCACUUCAGUGAAAUGGAGAUCACAGUCAUCGUUGGAGACAUCAAUGACAACCCACCAGAAUGCAAUCCCUCCACCUUCAGGAAAGAAAUACAUGAAAAUACUACUGCUGGGAUAGUUCUUCUUGAUCUCAGAAACAGCUGUAAAGAUAUUGAUGUUGAUCCACCAAACAAUCUAUUUAGUUUCACUGGAUUAUCUGGUUUUGGAAGCAACAACUUUGCUCUGGAGUCUGCUGAGUCCGGAAGACUUGUGAUGACUGAAAGUAUUGAUUUAGAAAAUCCAUCUAAUCCAGGAGUUGAGGUUUAUUCUUUGACUGUCAGGGUGCAAGAUAUCGCCUCUCCUAACUACUCAAAUACCAUUUACAUUUAUAUCAGGAUAAAGCCAGUGAAUGAAUUUUUUCCAGUCUUCAGUAGUCCAUCAUAUGAAUUUUAUGUUCCAGAAAUUACUAAAGUUGGAUCCACUAUUGGAAAAGUGACUGCCAGCGAUGCAGACUGGCCACCCAGUGUCAUCACUUAUUCCAUUAUAGCUGGAGGAGGGACCAGGGAUUACACAAAUGCAUUCUGGAUCAGCCCAAUUAAUGGAGAUGUGAAGAUUUUAGAAAGAUUAGACUAUGAAACAACCCAGAAACACUUUUUCACAGUGCAAGCCUCAGACCAAGAGAGGACUGCAACAGCAUCUGUAACUGUCAAUGUUUUGGAAGUAAAUGAUGAAGAACCCAUUUGUUCACCAAAUUUCUAUUCAUUUCAAAUCCCAGUCAGUUUAGCAGUUGGGACCAAUGUCAAUGGCUUCAGGAUUCAAUGUCAAGAUCGUGAUUCUGAUCCCAGGUCUUUCCGUUACUUCAUUGAAGGCAAUGUGAACAAUCAUUUCACCUUUUCACCAAUGGCUGGCUCCAACACGUCUCAGCUGAUUCUUGCAUCUCCCUUUGACUAUGAGAGUGGGCUUGAUACAAAAUGGAUUUACAGACUGCGUGUCUACAUAACAGAUGACAAUUUACUAUCUGUCAAGAACAAGGCUACACACCUAGUUAAAACUGGAACAGUGACUUUAAGCAUCAGAGUUAUCCCAAACCCAACAACUGUCACUACCACGACGCCUGGCUUUACAGUGGUGACGAAGAAGGAGAACCUCUACUUGGACUCAGCAUGGUACGUGCCAUUUGUCACCACACUGGGCAGCCUUCUGCUCCUGGGACUGCUGGGCCAUCUCCUGGCCAGGUGGCUCUGUGCCCGCUGCCUGUCUGCACCCCAAGCUGACAGCACACCUCUGAUAAAUGCUCCAGAAAAGAAAAAACCUAAGAAAGAAGUGGCUUUGGAAAUGAUAAAACUCAACACUGUCUUUGACGGAGAAGCCAGAGACCCAGUCACUGGCAAAAUGUACGAAUUCAAUACCCAGUCAGGGGCCCGGAGGUGGAAGAAGAGCAAUGAGCCCCUCCAGCCCACUGCAGACUUGCAGGUAAGGUCAAGUGCCACAGGGGAUGGUGACCAAGAGACAGACAGACCAGAGGUGCCAAGCAAAAAAGAGACUUCAGAGAAGAGGAAAGAGCCAAGAGAAGCUGCCAGGCCCUCGGCUGGGCCAUCCCUAUCACCAGGCCAGGACGGGCUGGAGGUACCGAAGCAGAAAGGGGAGCCUGAGGACAGGGAGUUACCCUCAUCAGCUCAGCAGCACAGACACUGACUCUUCUCCCUGAAUGAAUGCUGCCUUUGGUUACACCAGGCCUAAAGCUUUCUGCCUCUCUCAGCUGCAGAACUGGGUAAGACUGGGAAAGAAGGGAUGGAAAGUAACAGGACAGUGACUGUGAUCCGGGAGAAUGCAGCCCCUGCUUUUCCAUGUGCAGAGACAGUCCCUGCAGGCAGCAGAAGCUGUUUACUGAGAAAGGGACGAUGUGAAAGAGUGAGAAAAAGAACCUAAAGCACCAUAAUGGACAGAAGCAUCUGCUGCCCUCUGGGCUGUAGCUCCUGGCGGCUUCCUUUGGGAGAGCUCCUUGCCCCCAGACCAACAUGGCCGUGUCCCCAGAUCACUUUCAGGGAGGGCAACGUGCGCAUGGACACAGUGAAUGGGGCCAGGAGUGCAGCUGCAUGGAGAGCCAAGCGUGAGGUUGGCUUGCUUCUCCUGUCUCUGCUAAGUCUGAAAAGCCGAAUGGGUGAAAAACAGAUUAAAGCUGAAAAGUUUGCUAGUGACAGCUAGAAAUAUUUUCAUUCAGUGUUUUAUUUCAUCCUUCCUUCUCAUCCAGACUUGCCAUAGAAAAGAGCAUAGCUUGAAAGCAGUUUUGGAGGGGGGACAACCCACAUCUUGUCAUGGCAACUAAGGGUCUUAUGUCAAUAUUUUCAGCUUAUUUCUCUUUUGUACCACGAGCAGCAUUCAAUAUCUUCACCUUUGGUAUCUCCUUUGGCACAUUCAAUGUUUUACAGAAUCAAAUGGAGCACACUUAAAAGAAUAAUUACAGUAAACACAUGUGGUGAAAUAAUCUUUUCCAAGUGUGAGCGUGUAUAAUGUAAGUGCUGUCUAGGAACCCGAUAUAAAACAAGCAAACCCUGCAAGAUUUCCAAAAAUUAUUUUAAUCGGAAUAAAAUUAAUU